GGCAAAGCGUCGUUGAAGUUGGUAACUUAUAUAAAACUCGGAGAAAAGCGUCGGGUAAAGCUGACCCGAAUCCAAAAUAUGCGGGUGUACUUGCCCUACAGCUAUCACUAUGUAGAUUCUCGGUAGUGAAAAUAGGCAACAAUUACAUUUAAUCACGUUAUCUUUAUGAAAUUUCAGUCUUUCUGGAUCGGAUAACGGAUAAACCCUAAAACUCAGAAAGGAUCACACCUAAAUCAAGCAAAUUGCAGAUACAAAUCUUCACUGUUAUCUCCUACAAAUGGAUAAUCGAUUGCCUCCUAAUUCAGAGAAGUUUCAUCUUGCUCCAUCUGAUAAUCGACCACCCCCAAAUCAAUUGAACGCAGAAUUAAGGCCUGGAUUUGAACAUAAAGACAGAAAGCUUCAAAAGGCUGAUCGUGAGAAGCUAAGGAGAGAUCGUCUCAAUGAGCAGUUCACUGAAUUGGGAAAGACAUUAGAUCCUGAUAGACCUAAAUUUGAUAAGGCAACUAUACUCUGUGAUACAAUCCAGAUGCUAAAUGAUUUGACUGCUCAAGUCAGCAGAUUAAAAUCUGAGUAUACAACACUCACUGAAGAAUCCCGUGAGUUGACUCAAGAGAAGCAUGAUUUAAGAGAAGAAAAAGCAUCCUUAAAAUCAGAUAUUGAAAAUCUCAACCUUCAAUACCAACAAAGGGUUAGGGCUAGUAGUAGUAUAUACCCAUGGGGGGCUCAUAUGGACCAAUCAGUUGUAAUGCAACCCCACCCCCCUACCUACCCCUACCCUAUCCCUAUGCAAAUGCCAAUGCCACCUAUGCACCACCCUCCCAUCCAACCCUACCCUUUUUUUGGCAACCAAAAUCCCGGUGGUGUUGUUCCAAACCCGUGUUCCACUUUCUUUCAAUACGUAUCUCCACCACCUGUUCAGCAACCAAGUAGUAGGUCCCACGUCUCUACCAGACAACCUUCUAAAAAUAAGUCAUCAAGUGGAAAAAAUGAGGACUCUAAUGAUGUUGCUACUGAAUUGGAGCUAAAGAUGCCCGGAUCUACACUAGAUCAGGAGGGGUCAGGGGGUGAAUCAAAGUUGAAGAAAUCACAUAGGAAGGAGAAUAGCAUCUCAGAUGAGAGCUCUCUUAGUCCUAGCGGCUGUUCAUCAUCGCAUACUGUACAAGCCAGCUCAUCAAAUAGUGUCAUUGGCGGCCUCAAUGGUGGUGGUGACCGCUAGGACCACCGCCAUGCCACCACCACUUUGCAUAGAUUCCUAACUUUUCACUCUCACAAGUCACAAACAAAACACAGGUACUUAAAAAGAAAAUUAAAUCCACUUUUUUUUUUUUUCAAUUAUACGGUUACAUCAUGAUGAUGACGACGACAACAUGUGUUUAUCGUAUGGGCUCCUUGUAUGUAUAAUGUAUGUAACUAUUGUUUUAUUAGAAGAAAAAAAAUAAAGGAAGUUAUUUAGUGUAUGAUUUGGAUCAAAUAUGAAGUAUAGGCA